UGAGAGUGAGGUCGCUGCAGGGCCACCAAACGGAAAGUUCUGGCAGGGACUGAGAAAUGGGGGUGGUGGGGGCUGGGUCUGGCCCAGAGGCUGAAGCCAGCAGCAAACUGCAGAGCCUGGAGCCCUGGGCUCUCUUAGGGUAGAAGGGGACCCCUUGAAGCAGGGAGACCUGGGCCAAGACCUAGACCUAGCAGUAGAGGGACAGCAGUGGGAAGCAGGAGCUCCCCAGUUGCUCCCCCACUCCACUUCCAGCCAUGUCUCAGCAUGGGGGACACAGGAGGAGGCCCAGGACCCCAGGCCCUCCUGUGCGCAGCAUCCGGUCCUUCAAAUCCGGCGAGCAGUACUUGGAAGCCAUGAAGGAAGAUUUGGCCGAGUGGCUUCGGGAUCUAUAUGGGCUGGACAUUGACGCAGACAACUUCCUGCAGGUGCUGGAGACGGGCCUGGUGCUGUGCCGGCAUGCCAACACUGUCACUGAGGCUGCUCUGGCUUUCCUGGCUGAGGCACCUGACCAAGCCCAAAGGAUUCCCAUGCCCCGGGCUGGGGUUUUCUGUAAUGGAGCUGCCCAGCCAGGCACCUUCCAGGCCAGGGACAAUGUCUCCAACUUCAUCCAGUGGUGUCGAAAGGAGAUGGGCAUCCAAGAGGUGCUGAUGUUCGAGACCGAGGACCUGGUGCUGCGCAAGAACGUGAAGAACGUGAUUCUGUGCUUGCUGGAGUUGGGCCGCCGUGCCUGGCGCUUCGGAGUGGCGGCGCCCACCCUGGUGCAUCUGGAAGAGGAGAUCGACGAGGAGCUACGGUGCGAACUGGCCCUGCCGGCGCCCAACCCACCGCUACUUGCGCCCCCGGUGCGCCAGUCCUGUCAUUUCCGCAACCUGGACCAGAUGGUGCAGAGCCUGGUGAGCCAUUGUACAUGCCCAGUGCAAUUCUCUAUGGUCAAGAUAUCUGAGGGAAAGUACCAAGUUGGGGACUCCAACACCCUCAUCUUCAUCCGGAUCCUCCGAAGUCAUGUGAUGGUGCGUGUAGGGGGCGGAUGGGACACGCUGGGCCAUUAUCUGGACAAACAUGAUCCCUGCCGAUGCACGUCCCUCUCCCACAAACCAGGCAGCUUCCUGAAGCACCCCCACCCACUGGUGCAGCAUGAAGUAAGGGUGCAGGACGUGCCUUCACAGCCCCAGCCUACAAUGACCAUCAAUCGCUCACAGAGCCCGUUGCCACCAGUGGACUGGAAGACAUAUACAUCUUCUGGCCGAAAGCUGAGGCCCCCUACCCCCUCCUCUCCCAGACCCCGUGGUGAAUGGCGACCAGCAGCAGGGACCCGCAGAGAAAUGACUCCGUUCUUAAGGUCCCAAGAAAGGCCACUAGCUCCAUCUCAGGGGAUGCUGUCAGCUGGGGGCAGCCCACCUGGUCCCCAAUUCUCAUCUACUUGUAGGGGCAGAGACCUACGGAGUACCCCAUCAAGGGAUAAGGAAGAAAGAUGUCCUGGUGAACUUCCCAGAGGAAUGACUCCCAUGUCUUGGGUUCAUGGGGAAACAGACAGCCAAGGAACUCAUGCCAAGACCCUCAAGCCCCAGAGACACAGAGCCCCUGAGGCCACCAGUAAAGGAAGAGCAGCAAGAGGACCAUCUCCCCCACCUUGUUCUUCCAGCCUAGCCAAACCUCAUGGUAUCUGGCUGCUACACCAGGGUGCAUCACCCCAGCUCAGUGAACCCACAUCUAAUCGAUCCCCAUCUCCUGGCAAAGGACUCACCAAGAUCCCUAUCCGGUGGUCUCCUGCCCGACCCCUGACCCCAGGAAGCUUUUUGAGUACUACAAGUGGAGGUCCCAGAGGGAAAGGUUCCGUUCAGUUAAGGGCUGUCAUUGGGAACCUGGCUGGAUCCACACAUGGGUGCCACUCUGAGGAAGCAAAGCAUAGGGACCAGCAGCCAGAUACCCAGUGCAUUGUAGAGCCUGGGGAGCCUGGGGACCUGGGAAUUCAGAAGGAGAGAAUGCACACUCCUCUGUCUCUGAGCAGAACCAAGGAGCAAGCCAUCUACCAUAGUCUUGAAGAGAUUACUGCCAACAUGAAACUACUGGAGGUGGGGGCUGCUUGUCCCCAGGGGACAAGGUCUCAAGCCAUCCCUAGAAGUGGAGUUUAUGUUCCCAGCCUGGGUGGGCAGUGGCCUGAUCCUGGGGGUCUUUAUGAUAAAGUCAUCCAAGAGCUGGCUCAGGGUCCCCCAUCCCUCCUUAAAGUGGAUCUGGGGGCCUGGGAGAUAGCCCCUGGAGACCUCCCUAAAGCAGCUGUUGCUGCAGGCCCAGGAAGCCCCCCCAAAAAGCUAGGGGCAAGAGAGAGUGGGCCAAGGACAGAUGCAAGUCUGAGUGCCAAGAGAACCCCAGGGAGGACUUUUUCCCCUCCAGAACAGGAUUGCUCCGCCCUUACUGUGCCCACCAUCCCAGAGGUUCCCACUCCUUCCUGCUCAGAUCCCAAGUCUGACAAAUCCAAGGUAUGUCCAGGCAAAGGCAAGAGAACACUCCGGAAGCCCCAGAAGGUUCCAUCUAUUUACAAGCUGAAGCUGAGGCCCCGGAUUCGGCCCCGCAGAGACCACAGACCUGAGAAAAGACCUUCCCGAAUCCCCAAGCCACUGGCCUACCUCUGCCUGGGUUCAGCCAGGGCAGUCCCCAGAAGCAGGCUGUUGAGAGCUACAUUGGGCAGCAAGAGAGAGGAGGCUUGCCAGGUAAAUGGAGCACCAGCAGGUCAAAAGGAAGAGGAAGAAAAGAAAGAGCCUGGCAUCUUGUUGGAAAGCAGUCCCCAGCCUUCAGAGAGCCAGGGGCCUCAGCAGCUUGAUCAAGCCCCAUUUCCACCUGAGGAGGAAUCCUGGGUUUGAAGAGCCUGUGGAUGGGGGAGGAGUGAAGCAAAAAGAUGCCAAUGUAUGAACAGAAGGGACAGUCCCUUACUCAGCACGGGGCUUUUGCCAGGAGUGGGUUCAAAGACCCAUUCUGUUAAGUUGAACAAAAGGGCAGAUUAGCUCUCCACUUUGAUUUACCACCAAGCCAGCGGCAAUGCCUUGCCCCAGGACAGCUCCUUGGCCUUUAGACAUUUCCACUUGUUUCCCAGAGCUCUAAGUUAUUAAACAUAUGUGAGUCUUGUCCUUGAGCCCCAGCUUUUUAAAUUCCUCCCCUAGGACUAGAGAGAUGCAGCUUCAAGUGUUGUUCCUGAUGGAGGGGGUGGGAACAAGGUGAAGGGAGCUGAGAGCAAGACAGACUUCUAUUGAUCUUCAGCUGACCUUUUUCCUGGUGGUCAGCACC